GUUUCCCCUCCAAAAAUCCCCUAUCCCUCCCCCUCCUAUGUUUUAUAUUUUAAUUGAGUUCAAAUUACAGAUAUUUUAAAGGCACCAUGCUCAUUGAGUUUACCAUUUCAAAAGCCAUUUUAGUCUCCAUGAUGAGUACUAAAACCACUAAAAAUGUCUUUUGAAACUUUCCAGGAGUUUGCCUCAUACACCUGUGCAUGUCUGUUUUCCUUUCCUUUUUUUCUACUCGGCUGUGUAAUUUUUUUUUAAUUACUGCAAGGAUUCAAUUUCAGUAUGUAGCAGUAUUUACCCACUUCCUUCAUGCCAGCCUUCUCAAUAUUGUGUAGAGACUUUAGAAAAUAAACCAUGAGAUGACAAGCACACAGUGACAUUUAUUGUACACACAUUUCCCCAUCAUAUUCACAGGACAGAUUUCCUGCUGGUGGAUUUCUGUGCUAAGGUAUAUGAGUAUUUACAUUUCUUUACAUUUUUCACUUUACUUAAUAUUCAGCACCUGUAGUGGACCCCUUUGCCCUCAAGUUUGAGGCAGUAAGUCUCAGAAACUGCUACUUAUGGCUUUUAGCAAACUGUAGAUCUCUGCAAGUCACAGAUGUUCACACAUUCCCCUGUCCGAAUUUGCCUGCUUCAUGGAUUGGCUCUCCUCAAGUACAUAUUCACUAUUUCCCUGCUUUUAUUUCUUUUAUAUGUUUACAGCAAUUAGAUAAAGCAGAAUUUUUAUCCUUAGUUUUAAUGUACUUGAGUGACAAAAAAUAAUGUUUGACGUCUCUUCAGAACUGAGCUCAUCAACACAUGCAACUUUAAACAUCAAAAGUGAAAUCUGGAACAUUGUGGCCAGAGUAGCUUGGAUGCUAUCAUAUAAAAGGCCUUGGAGGCAGGGUAGCAUAGUUGACAAGCCAUUUGGACCUAUUUAUAGAGCUGACUUCUUUUUGCAGUGUCAACUGUAACCUUACACUUAUUUUAAGCCUCAGUAUCUCGGAUAUCAGUCUCAACCUGCUGUACAGUUUACUCUUAUUUGAUAAAUCAGAGAGACCAAUGGAGCCCGCUGAAGAACCUGGUCAGAUUAGCAAAGAUAACUUUUUAGAAGUUCCUAAUCUGUCUGAUUCUGUGUGUGAAGAUGAAGAAGUUAAGGCGACCUUCAAGCCUGGCUUCUCCCCUCAGCCAAGCAGACGGGGGUCAGGAUCUUCUGAAGACGUGUAUCUGGAUACUCCAACUUCAGCUUCCCGGAGAGUUUCCUUUGCUGACAGCCUUGGAUUCAGCCUUGUGUCUGUUAAAGAAUUUGAUUGCUGGGAAUUACCAAGUGUUUCAACGGAUUUUGACUUAAGUGGGGAUGUUUUCCACACAGAUGAAUAUGUUUUAUCUCCACUGUUUGACUUGCCUUCUUCAAAAGAAAGGCUUAUGGAACAACUUCAAGUCCAGAAAGCAGUGUUGGAGUCUGCUGAACACCUUCCCGGGACAGGUGUGAAGGGCAUUAUUCGAGUUCUGAACAUUUCUUUUGAGAAGUUAGUGUAUGUGCGCAUGUCAUUGGAUGACUGGCAGACACAUUAUGACAUUUUAGCAGAAUAUGUUCCUAAUUCGUGCGAUGGCGAGACUGACCAGUUCUCUUUUAAGAUUUCAUUGGUUCCGCCUUAUCAAAAAGAUGGUGGUAAAGUGGAGUUUUGUAUACGCUAUGAAACUUCUGCUGGUACAUUUUGGUCAAAUAAUAAUGGCACAAAUUAUAUAUUGGUUUGUCAAAAGAAAAGGAAGGAACCAGAGCCUGUAAAGCCAUUGGAAGAAGCACCUAGUAGACAAAUAAAAGGCUGCUUAAAGGUAAAAUCAAGCAGUAAAGAAGAACCAUUGCUAACACCAGAAGAAAAUAAAUUUGAGACUUUAAAGUCCACAGAGUCCUACAUCCCAACAAUCAUUUGUUCUCAUGAGGACAAGGAUGACUUGGGAGCCAAUCAUCAAAAUGUAAAGGAUACCAACAGGAAGCAUGACGAACAUAAUGGAAAAGAAUUAGACUUGAUGAUAAACCAACGGUUAAUAACUUCCCAGGAUGAAAAGAAUACAUUUGCAACAGAUACAGUCAAUUUCACAAAUAAAGCUGAGGGGUCAGAGAAGAAGCAAGCUUACCAUGAAAUCGACACUGACUUGUUCAUGGGGCCUUUGUCUCCAAGUUUAUCAGCAGAAAGUUCCUUAAAGAGAGAUUUCUACCACAGCAGAAAGUAUUCCCCAGGAAAUGAAUAUGGUCAUCUACAUUCAGAGAAAAUUAUUUCAGAUAUGGGAGAAAAAGGGCCAUCACUGGGAGAUACUAGUUCUGAUGAGUUAAUGCAAUUGGAACUCUGCAGCAAAGAAGACCUGGAUGAUAAUGCCAACCCAGCCCAUGGGAGUGGCAGAGUGUGUUCUUCCUUUGAUCAACUAAGGGCAUGUGGUCUCAAGAAUAAUGACGCAGGAAUCAAGAAAAUUGGAAUAACAGAUUACAAAUAUUCACAUGGAGAUUCCAUAAAACUGGAAGAAUCAAAUGCAUCUUCCAGAGAUGAUUAUGCCAAAGUCGAUGAUAAAAAGGAGAAGCAAACAUGCUUAGGUGUUAAUGAAAACCCAAGCAAGAAUUUUCAAUCAGUAUUCCAGACCCAAGAGGGACAAAUGGGGUACCCAAAAAUAAGCACUGAAGGAGAUAAAGCUAAGAACCAAGACUUGACAACUCUACUGAGCAAAGAUACUACAGAUAACACGUGGGCGGCGACAGUAGAUCCCUGUCCUUCCACAAAUACAAAAACGAGUUGGAGAGAAGUUGGAAGUGGUAGCACUUUAGAACCAGGAACUAGUGAUCUUAGUUCUCCAAGGAAUUUCAACCUUCUGACUGAUGAUCAUCUCUUUCAAGCUGACAGGGAAAACUCAGACUGUAGCAAUCCUGGAGAUCAGGAUAUGAACACACAGCAUAGAAAAAAGUGGAAUGUUCUGGAAACUCAACCAGAAACAAGUGAGACUGAAUCAAAUAUAGCCAAGCAUACCACAGAACAAGCAGACUAUAAAGACGUGUGGGAAAAAAGAGAUAACGGUAACAAUCUGAAAGCUACUCCUACAGAACAAUUGUUUACCUGCCGAGAGAGAAAAUGCUAUGAACUGUCUUCUCUAGCUGAUCAUGGUAUUACUGAGAAAGCACAAGCAGUUACAGCUUAUAUAAUUAAGACAACAUUAGAAAGUACUCCAGAAAGCGCGUCUGCUGGAGAAAAAGCAAUAAUUGCUAAGCUACCUCAAGAGACAGCACGAAAUGACAGGCCCAUCGAGGUAAAAGAAACAGCGUUUGAUCCACAUGAAGGGAGGAAAGAUGAUUCACAUUAUUCCCUUUGUCAUGGAGAUACAGCAGGUGUAAUCCAUGACAAUGAUUUUGAAAGGGAGUCACAUUUAGAUAUUUGUAAUGUAUGUGUAGAUGAAACGAAGAAGGAGAAAACCACAUCCACGUCCUCUCCUCGGAAGACAUAUGACAAGGAGAAACAUGGAAUUGGAAGUGUAACAUCUAUAGACGAACCUUCACAGGUCAUUACAGGCAAUCAAAAAGCUACGUCAAAACUGGAUUUACAUUUGGGAGUGUUACCAACAGACAGAACAAUAUUCCAGGCAAAUGCAGAUCUUGACCUGCUUCAAGAAUUAUCAAGGAGAACAGACUUCAGUGCUGUUCACUCCGCAUUUAACUCAGACACUGCCGGCGCUUCUCGGGACAGCUCUCAAGUUUACAGACGCUGCUCUAAAAAACCAGUACCUUCUUACGGUGAAGAGAAAGCAGUUACUAACACAAUCCUCCAGUCUAUUCCUACCAAAUCAGAAUAUAAUUGGUACCCAGAAAGUGAGGUCUUGGGACAUGCCAUGUCUAAACCUGAAGAUGUUUUCAAACAUUCAGAAAUAAUGAAGUCAGGUAGUGGAGGAGAACAAGGCGAGGGUCCGAUUCUCCAACGAAAAGAAGGUAACUUGGAAAACUCCCAAGGCCCGAUGAUUUUAAUCAAUGAGCCUCUUGAGAAUCUGGAUGAAGCAAAUUCUGAAAAUGAAGGGUUAACGCGUUCUGGACAGUCACAGUGUUAUCUGGGUGACAAAGGAUCAGUGAGCUCUGCUUCUACUACUGUCCCUACCCAGGAACUCGAAGCUCAAGGCAGGGAGUCUCUGCUUUCAAUAUCCACCAACUCUAAAAUACCGUAUUUCCUUUUGUUUCUGAUAUUUCUUGCAACUGUCUACUACUAUGACUUAAUGAUAGGCUUGGCAGUCUACCUUUUUUCAUUGUACUGGUUGUACUGGGAAGGGAGGAGGCAAAGAGAGUCUGUCAAGAAAAAGUGAGCUUGGCACAGUUGCUAUUCUCUCUUGAAAGAUAAGCUAUUUAGUCCCAAACAUUUGGAAUGGCAGGAGAGACUAUUCAUUGUUCAAAGAGUCAGUGCAGUUUUUCUCUUGAAGGAUCAUUUAAAAAGGAAUGCGUAUGAAGUUUGCUCCUUCAUAUAAGUAAUUAUUCUAUAUAGGACCAUUAUGCUUGGAUCAUUAAAUACCUAUAUGAAUAUGAGAUGUGAAGCACGUCAAGUUGGAAUUAGGUACAGCUGUUGCUCCUUAGCAGGCUGUGAAGUUGAAAUGCUUCAUGUCUCUUCACUAUUUAAAGUGCGAUUUCCUGCAUUCAUUUAAUUCACAGUAAAGCUUUGGAUAUUUUUUUCCCUGAGAGUACUUUCCUCCUACGUUUUUAAAAAAUAGAUAAAACACGGAGAAAUAUUUUUUAUUUUAGUCCCUAGAAUUAGCCAUGAAAUUUUCAUUUAGCACUGUGUCCUCUUUCAGCACAUAUUGAUAGAUCAAAUAUUAAAAUUUCUAUUUAUGCCUUUAAGAAAAUACCCAAUGUACAUUGCAAUAUAAAAACUUAAAUUUGAAAUAUAUUUUAUGCACACUAACAUUAUACUUCAUGUGCAUACCAUUGUAUUUCUUUGUACCUAUGAUGUCAGGGUUUUCAUACACCAAUUCUAAGUUUUUUAUUUUUAUUUAGUUGAAUGGGUGGACUGUCACACAAAUGAACAAUUUUAAUGUUAAGUGUUGUCCAGACAUGAAAAUUCUAACAUUCUAUCAUCAUUGUUUCAAGGUGACUUUGCACCUACUUUGCAGUUCUUAACCUGUGGGUUACAACCCCUUUAGAGGCUGUAUAUCAGAUAUUUCUGUUAUCAUUCACAACAGUGAGCAGAAUUACAGUUAUGAAGUAUAAACAAAACAAAUUUAUGGUUGGGGUCACCACAACAUGUGGGACUCUAUUAAAGGGUGACAACAUUAGGAAGGUUGAGAACCACUGUUAUAGAACACAAGGCCUUAAGUAAUAAUAUAAUAGAUGCUAAAAUGGUUUGUUCUUUCUGGUAGUUCCUCUGUUUUAAUUAGUUGUUAAUAUUUUCUCAUAGUAGGGAGGUGAAUUGCAUCCUGAAUAAACUUACAGAACAAACUCCUUGACUUUGACAAUACCCAUUUUGUCAUAUUUGGGUUAUGAGACAAUCACUCAAAACUUUAAGCAGGCAAAAUAUGUAUAGUUGGAAGCAUACUGAAAACGAAGUGACCAUAGACUAUAGCAGUGAUUUUAGCUACUGUACUUAUAGGUAAAGGUAUGAAAUAAUGGAGCAUUUUUAGUUAAGUGGAAAUACUGUCAAGAUUCAUACAAAAUCUAUUUCAGCAAUUUUGUUGAAUAAUUGUAAUAUACAAAGCCCCGUGCUAUUCUAUGGAGGUCAUUAGAUAAACUGAAUAUAUGGAUACCUGUAUAUAGCAAAAUAAUAUAUUUUAAUUGGCUUGGAGUAUGAAAAAUGUCACAGAGAAGGAUUCUAUUGAAUGGUUAUCUUUCAUGGAAAGUUCUUUCAGGAAAAGUUCAACAGAAAAUAGUAUGAUAUUUUUAUUUACUUAUAACUAUAAAAUUACAUAUCAUCUCAUAUAUCUCACAUAUAUAUAUUUACAAGAAAAUAAAAAUAUUUAAAAUGACUCAUUUAAUACUUAGUGAUUUGCUAAAAUUUCUUUAUGUGCAUAACUAUUUCGCAAACUUGUAAUUGCAUGCUUUUCUCAAGGCUCCUUGAAAAUGAGUCAUUGGCUUUAGCUUUUUAGUUGACCAAAUGCAAACAUCCUGAAGUAGAAUGCAGGUCAAAUAUUUGCUUUUUGAGAAGCAUACUUCUAUCAAAUACAAGUGGAAUUCCUUUAAGCAGUCCUUAGAAAUUAUCUCUAAAAUUGUUGCCCUCAUAUUUUGUUGUCAGGACUAAGUUAAGUUGGAGUUAAAGUUAGCAUUCCACCAGCUCUUUAUGGCUUAGAGGUUUUUCUUAAUUCUAUGUUUUAAGAGUUCUAGUCAACACAGCUUAUCUCUUUAAUGUAAAGGGCACUGUUUUAUGAGCACAGGUGCCCAAACCAGAAUUCUUCCCUUAGAUGAUCAGUGUAACUUCCUUUCCUCUUCUAUUUGAUUUCUGUUAAGAUUAACUCACCAAAGGUACUCAUGCAUUUGUAAUAAAAUAGGAACAAGCUUCAAAGGAUUUUGAACACUAUUUAGUUGUGUGUUUCUUUGAUGCAAAGAAAGAAAUACUGGAUUGAACUGACUUUUCAAACAUUACUUAUAGGACUUCAAAUAAAGGUACAAGGACAUUUGAAAGGACUGCUCUAUGAGGAGCUUGAGCUUGUCAGUCUCUUUUGGUCACAUCUCUAUGAUGACUAAGAAUGAGUGAUAGGAUGAAUUUGUAGCCUCUGCCAAGAAGGACUUGGCUAUAGACCAUCUUAGUAAAAGCCAAUUUUUUUUAAUUUUUUUUUUUUUAUCCAUAGCUGCCAGUUUCACAUCUCACCACACUUUGACAAUGGGCAUAAUGAGGGUAUAGCAGAGUAAUUACCAAUGAGGAACUUUACAUAUGCCAUUCUUAUUUUAAAUAAGAAAUAUGAUUUAAUCGUUGCCAUCUUUUAUCUUUUUGGGGUUCUCAGUCUUAGACACAAACCUCUAAAAAUUAAACUGGGAAGUUUAGUAAUGUUAUGUAAUACAAACAAUUGUCUUUUUAAGAACUCUGACUUCUAGACGCUAUCAACAUCACAAUAGAAUUCUCAACCAGAAUAAAAUGACUCAGUGGUUUAUAUCUACUCUUCAACAUUUAGGAAUGUUGGGUCAGUAGGACUAUAUUUUCUUGAGGAGCUCUAAUACGUGGUUAGUAAAUUUUUCAAGGACUAUCUAUAUUCAAAUAUUUGUCACUAUUUUGUCAAAACAGGACGUUCUUAUACCUCAUCUUACACCAGUAUUCUGGUUAAGUGAAAAUAUUUUAAAUGGCCAGGCCAAAUAUGGGGAAAUAAGUAAGAUCUUUUAUCUCUAUCCAGUGAUAGUUAUAGAGCUUUUAAAAUAUUUUUGUUUUACAGUGGUGGAUGUUAAUCCCAUUUACAUCUAAAUUAAGUAAGAAGCUAACGAAACAGAACUAGGGAAAAUAUAGGAGUUGAAUCUACUUAUCUCCUUUAAGCUACAGGCUUUUCUUUUAUGUGUCCAUUGAUUCUGGAAAUGACUUCACAAUAAGGACCACCUUUUGGUGUUAACCCUGUCUUAAGUAGCUCCUUGCCAGGCACCUCCUCAGUUGUGAAUCUCUGAAGAGAUCAGCUAAAAGGGUUACUGUUAUUCAAUUGAUUAACCAGGUUUGCUUUUGUAAUUUUUUUUGGAAAUUUUAUAAUAAAAAUCUUGUCCGCACAACUUAAUUUCCAUCAUUUGAAACAUGUUUGAUCAAUAUUCUACUGUUUUUACCACAGGACUCAAACUUUAAAAAUUAUAAAUUGGAUUUUAAAGAAGCUUCCAGUCUAGCUUGGAAUGUACAUGUAUUUUGAAAUAAAUUGUUCUAUUGUUGUUUGCUAAAACCUUAUUAAACAAAUAUUUAAAAUAUUAAUCUAUUUUAAAAGUUCAAUAUUUUUAUUUUAUAUUAUUUUAAUAUGUGGCAAAUUAUACACAGAACAUUGGUUUUUCAAAAAUUAAACAGUACAUUGUGCAAAACCUUAAUAAAAAUUUCCCCAUGUCUUUUUUUACUGUAUCCAAUGUUUGUAAAUUGCCAGGAAAAUAAAGUAAGACGUCAAGAACAGUAAAGGAUUGUGGAAUCAUUUUGACUUAGCUAUGGACCUUAUUUUACAGUAGCCUGUGAUAUCUAAUUAAAUUAUUUCUCUGGGUUGA